AUUUUAUGACAAAAGCUAAUGUUUAAGAGCAAUCUGGAGCAAUUAUAUCCAUCAUUGUCACUACUCUUGAGACAGGAUACUCAGUGGAAGAGGUCUUAAUAUUCAUAGCACCUUGACUACUUUCAACACCUUGAUGAUUCUUAGAAGUACUCUUAAUUUGUAUUAUUUUUUCAGCAGAUCAGUUAUUUCAUUUUGAAUCAAAGAUCUAGCCUGAUUUUGAGGGCUUUACCCCUUCUUCAAAGAUAUGCAUCUUUGAGGAGGUUGUCGACCAUCAACUUCUGAUGGUGAAACAUCUCCCCAAUUCGAAAUUUCAAACCCUUCUGGCCUUUUAUUUAUAUCCAGACUUGAGCUGAAUUGAAAUCCACUCAUAUUCUUCUCCAGAUUAGGAGAUGUGUUGAUGCUAGAGACAGAGACAUCUUCAUCAAGAAAUUCUUCUGAUAAAUAUUCAUUUAUUUUUGGAAAGCUAAUCAUAUUAUUAAUGUAUUAUUAA